AUGUUACUGCAUUUUUUGUGUUUGGAGACUGGUAAUAACAACUACAUUGUUUCACUCGCCAAGGCUAACUUCGUACCCAGUGGAAUUGACUUUGGAGAGCCAUCAGGACGAUUCACUAAUGGAAGAACCGUAGCAGAUAUCACAGGCUUUGAGAAUUCGGAUUCCACAUGUUGUCGCCUGGUGGGACGAUUCGGAGGCUUGGCUCCUUGCCUUCCUAAAUCUGAAGUUUAUGAGGAUCGUCCCAAGUUUGUGCUCUGGGAUGCAUACCAUCCUUCAGAGGCAGCCAAUAUGAUUAUAGCAAAACGUCUCUUUGAUGGUGAUGCCAACGAUAAUUCGCCUAUCAAUAUUCGGAAGCUUUCUGAAGUUUGA